AUUAGUAGCAGUCAAUUGUACGGAAAUUGAAUCAGAUCAAUAGAGAGCAGAAUCAUCUGAAAGAAAGAGAGACAGAGAGAGAGAGAUGGGAAGCGUACAACCAGCCCAGAUACCCACGAGCUUCGGCCACGAGCUUAGGGCUUGCCUCCGUUGCCGCCUCGUCAAGACCUACGAUCAGUUCAGAGAAUCAGGAUGCGAGAACUGCCCCUUCUUCAAGAUGGAGGAAGAUUUCGAUCGUGUUGCCGAUUGCACCACCCCCAAUUUCAAUGGGAUUAUUUCAGUUACGGAUCCAACUAGGAGUUGGGCUGCAAAAUGGCUUCGACUUGGAAGAUUUGUACCUGGUGUUUACACUCUUGCCGUUUCAGAGGUUCUUUCAGAGGAUUUGCGGAAUUUGUGUGAAGAUGAGCAGGUGCAAUACGUACCACCCAAACGUGUAUGAAUUUGACCAAAAGAAAAGAAGGUGCAUGCGUGUUCUUUUGUCAGACCAAAACGAAGCUGUGGAAAAAUAUGUAGAAGCAAAUACCUUGGUAUGAAAACUGUUGGUGGUUUAAAGUGAAAGUUUUGUACGAAUUUCUGUUAUAGUAUUGAAGCAGCUUGUAACAUAUUGUUAGCAUAAGAAGUUAUAAUUUAGUCUCAAAUUUUCAACAUUUCUCUUCUUUUUUUGGUAUGUGAUCAAGGUCCUUAG